AAGUUGUAAGUUGAUUGGCUGACCAAAAGUUGAACAAGGAUAGAACACGUUCAUAGCGCUAAAACUAAAAGCUCCGCACUCCACGCUCCACGUGUUUACCGAACCUAACACUAGUUGAAGAAAGUGAAAGAAAGCGUGCAAGAGAAUAUUUCGUAAUCUGUAGUAUCUUUUAUAUUCUCAAAAAAAGGGAUCAAUUUGUCGAUUUUUUAGUGCUCAAAGUCUAUUAACCGUUUUGUGUGGAUUAAUAUCUGUCGGAAGCAAAAAAUUUUCACGAUAACAUAUUGUAAUACACGUGCAUUGUGAAACAAAGAAGUAGUGCGUGGUCAUAUUAGCUGCAUUCCUUCUCGGUGUAUUCUUUCUGCGAAAACUUAGCUAAUGCAAUAACUACAUAACGCUUAUAUGAAGACCAAAAACUUUAUGACUAUAUCUAAAGUGUAACUUCGUGUUUUAGUUGUGAUAUUUUCAGUUUUGUAUCAGAAGGCAAUCUAAAAAGAAAAAUAUCAUUUUAUCAUGUCGAUCAUGAAUAAGAUAAAGCCAGUUACACCUAAGGGCAAGAGAAUUCUAUUAAAAAAAGCACCUCAAAUGGUAGAAGAUGCCAAAGAAACUUUGUGUUUUAAAAGUAAAAAUACGUCACAGAUUGCUGUCAAUAUCAUGAAGGAUUUGUAUGAUCUAAAGAAACCUAAUGCACAAAUGAUGCAAAAGAAAAAUGAUAUACUACCAUUUGAAAAUAUUGUGCCUAUCGAGAAAUUUGCGACAAAGUAUGAAGCAUCUCUUUUCAUGAUGGCUUCACACAAUAAGAAACGUCCACACAACCUUAUCAUGGGUCGAAUGUAUGAGCAUACAUUAUUAGAUAUGAUAGAGUUCGGUAUAGAUAAUUAUAAAGGAUUAAAAGACUUUAAAGUUGAGAAGAUUACAAAGGGAAUAAAACCUUUAUUGGUCUUUAAUGGCGAACUCUUUGAAAGUAAUUAUGAAUAUGGAAGAAUUAAAAACCUACUUGUUGAUAUGUUCCAAAGAGAAGUGAUCAGAAAGAUCAGUUUGAAAGGUCUUGAACAUGUCUUAAGUUUUACAGCUACAGAAAAUAAAAUACUUUUGCGUAGUUACAGGAUACUUUUGAAAAAAUCCAAUACAAGGAUACCUAGAAUAGAACUGGAGGAAAUAGGCCCACGUGCUGAUUUACUCUGCAGGCGUACUAAGUUUGCCUCUGAAGAUUUAUUCAAGCAAGCUUGCAAGACGCCUAAAGGACUUAAGGCAAAGAAAAAGAAAAAUAUUUCUACAGAUACAUUUGGAACAACGUUUGGACGUAUACAUGUUGGAGCACAAAAUAUUAAUAAUAUACAAACAAGAAAGAUGAAAGGUUUGAAAAAAACAUUAUCCGAAAAGAAGAGCGUCCAAAAGAGAAAAAAUGCUGAUGACAACGAUGAUAUUUCACAAAAACUUAGAAAAAUUGAUGAUUGAACAGGUUAUUAUUUUAAUAAAUUUUAAUUUAACAUCUAA